ACUGGAAGAGGUUGCCCUGAGAAGUCGUGGAUGCUCUGUCGUUGGCUGAGUGUGUGAGCAACCUGAUCUAGUAGAAGAUGUCCUUGUCCACGGCAGGGGGUUUGGACUAGAUGAUCUCUUCCAACCCAAACUGUUCUGUGGUUCUACAGUUGUAAUAACUGACAAAACACUACAAAACAGCACAUGGUGUAAAUGAAGCCACAUUCUGUGAAUAGUACAUAUCUUAAUUUAACUUUGUUAAAUACAGUGUGAGUGAGCGGAGAGGUUGAUAUGAUGGAUUUAGGUCUGGAAUUCAAAACUGGCCAUUGAGGCUUGGUUGCAUUUGUGUUGCUGGCACACGGGGAUGUCAGUUGUAGAUCUCGGUGCCAGCAGCAUCUUCAGAUGUUGCUAGCAACUAGGGACUAAUUCUCAGUCUUUUUUUAAGCAUUCCCUUGCCUCAUGGAGAACUGUAGCUUGCUGCAGCUGGGAAUGUCUGUCCUCUCAGGAAGGUGGUGAUGUGGAUCCCUUCCUGCAGGGCUAAGGUGACUGUAGGUUACUGUUGAGGUACAGGCUGUUACAGGAACUGCUGAUGAAACACUCUGCCCAGGAGUUAGUGGAUCAGCAAGGGUGUCCUGCAUACUACUACACAGGAGAACUUAGUACUGCAUGUAAAUACUAGAACUGGAGUUUAAGUUUCAUGAUAAGGGGUCUGUGUAAGUAAAAGCAUCUUAAUAAAUGGGAGCAUUUACUUUUGGGAGUAAAGCUGUCAUUUUUACUUACGAAUGAAAGCAUCAGAGUGCUCUAACUCCUCAUGUGUUGGCUUCACAAACUUGCUCAGACGUGCCCAGAGCCAGUUUGAGUUGGCCAGCCCAGACGUAGCAGGCAAGCUGUGGUGCUAGAGGGCUUGGUGCUGGCUCAUUGUCAGGAUACUUAACUCAGCUUCUCAGGCAGGCUUUUACAGCUGCCUGGUGCUCUGGGCUACUCUUGGGGAUGAAAUACUGGUGCAGACUUAAGGCAAGUAUGUCUACAUGUACUAUGGCGUUAGACCUACCGUUACUUGAUUUUUGCCUUAACUUUCCUGAGAACUUGGCAGCUAAACCCUUUGUGAAUUUACUUUGUUUUUACAUAAUGAUACAUAAGUAUAUUAUCUACCUGGAAAAACAAAGUAAAUUACUUCCAACUUUAAAAUUAAAUAUCUGUACUUGGAUGAAAGAAUUCCUUUUAUGCUACAUACACUACAAAGUUUGAAACCUUUGCAGAAAUGAAAGCAGAAUCUUACAAUUUUAGUUUCUGGUGUAAUUGCAUAGCAUCAACAGAAAGGCCUAACAACGUUCCCUCUCUUCGAUAAACUUAGUUUUGCUAAACUUGGCCAUUCCAGAUACAGCAUGGAGACCCUGACAGAGGCUGAGAUGUGGGCCACUGCACGGAACAUGCCUAAGAAAGGAGGGAAGCAUGCUGAAAUGGGAAAAGAAAUGCAGGCACAGUGUAAACGAGCGAAGGUGGAAGAAGCUUGCUCUCUGUCAGUCAUGAAUUUUGAGAACCCAGACAGCCUCUUCGGAAGCUUCAUCUCUCCCAUCAAACAAGAGAUUUUUUUCAGGGAGUAUUGGGAGCAAAAGCCACUUCUUGUUCAGAGAAAUGAUCCCCUGCUGGCUGCUUACUACCAGUCCCUAUUCCAGUUAUCAGAUUUGAAGGAACUGUGCAGCCAGGGUCUGUACUAUGGGCAAGAUAUAAAUAUCUGCAGAUGUGUGAAUGGAAAAAAGAAAGUUUUAAAUAAAGAAGGCAAAGUGAAUUACAUGCAGCUGAAGAAGGAUUUUGACCAGAAAAAGGCAACAAUACAGUUUCAUCAGCCUCAGAGAUUUAAGGAGGAGCUGUGGAAGAUUCAGGAGAAGCUGGAGUGCUACUUUGGGUCUCUGGUUGGGUCGAAUGUUUACAUUACUCCCCAGGGAUCGCAGGGCCUUCCCCCUCACUACGAUGAUGUUGAGGUGUUUAUCCUUCAGCUAGAAGGCGAGAAACAUUGGCGACUCUAUAAACCAACAGUACAUUUAGCUCGUGAAUAUAAUGUUGAAUCAGAAGAUAGGAUUGGGAAUCCCACACACGAAUUCAUAUUAAAGCCAGGUGACUUACUGUAUUUCCCAAGAGGGACUAUUCACCAAGCUGACACUCCACUUGGGAUCUCCUAUUCUACACAUGUGACCAUCAGUACCUACCAAAACAACUCUUGGGGAGAUUUCUUACUGGAUGCAAUUCCUGGCCUUGUGUUUGAUUCAGCAAAAGAAGAUGUGGUGCUGCGGACAAGCAUACCAAGGCAACUGCUUAUGCAGGUGGAUACAGCUGACUCGACAAAAAAACUGAGUAGCCUUUUGAGAAGGCUUGCAGACCGUCUGGAAAACACCAGACAACUGAGGUCAUCUGACAUGAAGAAGGAUUUCAUUAUGAACCGGUUGCCACCUUGCUUGGGAUGUGACUCUGAUCCUUUGACUCCAGGUGGGAAACUGCCAAAAAUAGAUAGCAAAAUCAGACUGCAGUUUAGAGAUCAUGCUAUCGUUACAGUGGAACCGGAUCAAGAGAAUUCUGAUGAAAUUCGCAGAGAUAUGGUUUAUGUUUAUCAUUCUUUAAAGAACAGGAGAGAAACUCACAUGAUGGGGAGAGAAGACGAUACUACUAGUGAGGAAGGCACAUCGCAGCAGACUCAUGGACUGCGGUUUCCUUUGUCGUACUUGGAUGCGCUGAAGCAGAUUUGGAGUAGCAGCACUGUUAAUGUUAAAGAGCUUAACCUUAUGUCAGAUGAGGAGAAAGAAAACCUUGCCUUGUCUCUAUGGACUGAAUGUCUAAUUGAAGUUAUUUGAUGCUUUUGUGAAUUAGCUGCUCCUGUAAGUAGUAUUUCUGGCCAUUAAGAAUCUCUUGAGAGAAAGGCUUAUUAAAUUACUUUUUAUCUA